CGGAAUGCUGGAUACAAGAGCGGAGAUGAAUAUCAUUAAGGAAUCUGACGCACUCCGCUUGGGGAUGGACAUCGAUCGAAUGGACUCAAGAUUCCUCCAUGGCGCAAGUGGGAAGACUCCUUUUACUGGGACAACAUCAAAUGUGGUGAUUGAAAUCGGGAAAGUGAAGUUGGAACGCAUACCUGGGAAUAAGAAUCGGGCUGACGGGCUUAGUCGGAUCAAUUGGGAUAAGUCCGGCGAUGGAGUUAAUGAGGAUAUACCUCUGGUGGAUGCAUUCCUCGAUGAGGAGGAGGACGUGAAACUCCAUAUCAAUGGACAUGUCGUUGGGAUCAGUGGAUUCACUGUGCAAGGACAAUCUGUUUUUCUUGCUUAUGGAGGGUACGUGAAGCGAGCGGAUAUAGUCCUCAAAAACUUCGUGGAAGAGGAUCCUUGGGGAGGGAAGGAUGUUGAGUGGAUGGCUAAGUUCGCAUUGGCAGAGACCUUCCGAGUAGGAGCUUACUCAGUCGACGCUCAAGCAAGAGAUGGACCGAGGCGCGGAGGGUUAGGCAGGUACGACACUGGGUUGUCCCGGAUCUUAGACAUGAGACCGAGGACAGGCAAGCGUCAAGGAUGUCAGGAUAGAGGGGAUGACUUAGAGGAGAGUGAUCACGUGUUGACGGUUCAUAUUGGGAGAACCCUCCCGACAUGUGAUGUGGGGGAGGAGGUUUUGUUAGUAGGGUCUCAGAGACAGAGUGUCUUAUCUACAAAGAUUGGGACGGUGCCAGCGCCAGAGACAUGUCCGGCUGAGAUAGGGAUUAGAGACCGUGGUGCGCUUGAGACAGAUCGGACUACUCCACCUACACCCAUACGGGAUGGGGAGGAGGCUUCCCUACAGCUUGUGUUGACGAUUGCUUCGGCCCGGCCUACAGAGACAGAUACCAUGGAGGGAGUGGUUUCCGAUGCUGCAUCGGAGAGGCCUUAUCGAUGGAGAGACACACGGGACAUGGCAUUAAACCUCCCACAAAGGGAGCUACUGCUUAUGAUAGGGUCUGCCACUAUAGGACCGAUGCAGGAGCACGAGGAGCCUCAACCUGAGUGGCCGCGAGAGACGACGCCGAUGCAUGAUGAGCUAGGGUAUGAUGGGCAGAGGGUCCAGUCUCGGUCAGAGCCGACAGUGGAGGAUGGUGAGAGAGGUGCGAUGAGACCCUUAUCAUUGGACGGAUCACCAUUACUGAGCGAGAGUCGAUUGGUUGAGCAUCCAACUGAGCCUGAGGGUUCAUUGACUGCCCAACUAUAUGGCAUGGAGUCUCCUAGGAUGCAGAUGCGACAGGAGGUAUCCCAACCCUCGCCCAUGGACAUGGAGACAGAGCGAGUUGAGGCCAAGGUUUUGGGGCUAGAUAGAGAGGGUCUCAUAGAGGACAUGGAGACCCAGCGAGUGGAGACAUCACCACUAGACUUUGGGGAUACUCCACGACGAGAUGGUGAUCAGACUUAGGCCAGUAUGAGGGACCACAUUGAGGUCGGCGCGGAGCAUACCCAAGA